CCCCUUCGGUGGAUCGGUCCACCCUUAGCCGGUUCGGGGACGAAGCCCUCGAGCUCAAGGCCCUUCAGGCCUCGGCCACUGCUAGCUUGGCCUUCGGGGAACUUGUCCGCAGGGCGGAACAGCACCGCCUCGAGAAGGCGAAGUCUGACGAGGUGACGAGGAAGCUCAUUGCCAAUAAUACCGAGGCCAUCAGGCAGCUCACUGUAUUGGAAGAGGCCCUUCGGCAGGCCGAGCAGAAGCUGGAGGGGGCCAAGAAUGAGGCGAGGGCCGAGGGCAUCGCCAAGGGGAAGGCUGAGGCAGAGAAGGCUGCCGCUGAGGCCGCCAUAGCAGCCGCCGAGGAAGCCGACAGGGCCAAGGCCGAAGCCGUUGCUAAAGCCGCCGAGGAUGCCGUUGCCUCUUAUGUUGCCGAGGGGUGGAAAUCUGAAGAGCAAAAACCGUGGCUGGCUUCGGUCGUGGAGACUUCGGUGGAUGAUUGGGUCAAAGGCCCCGGGGCCAUGUGGCUUGCUCUGAAGGGCAAAAGCUUUUAUGAGGGGGGCCAGUACUUCACACAGGUUAUGCUGUAUCGGAGGCUUGCCCGGCACCACGGAGUGGAUCCCAAAGAAUUUGACCCGGCUGCUCACGGUCUCCCCCCUCUCCUGCCGGACGUUCGAGUUCCCUUGCCCGAAGGUGAAGAAAGGCAGCUUUUGGAGGACUCUGAGCUGGAUAGGCUGGCUUCGGACGAUGAAGAAGGAGCCGCGGAUGACGCCUCCUCGAAGCCGAAAGAGGAUGGAGCUGAAGAAACCCAAGCCUGAAUUUUCCUAAGUAUAACUUCUGUAAUAGCACUAGGCCUCGGCUCCUGCCAUGUCUUUGUAAUGAAAUACAUUUUUGUACUUUAAAUAUUUUUUCUUGGAUGAAUGAAUGAUCGCCUUCGGGCUUUGUGAAUGAAUGCUUCCUUCAUUUUGAACUUGAAUGUAUGCCCCUGUUUCUCUUCGCGUUUGUGUAUGAAUGAAUGUAUGUUCU